AUGUUCCGCACCAACGUUGCCAUUCAAAUUUUGUUCGGUGUUCUUUGUGGGAUUAGUCUGGUUCUGGCAGUGAGCAAGCAUCGUAUCUCUGAUAUACACCCUAUUGAGUUACUUGUCAACAAUGGUGAAAUUCAACAUCACGAAUACCUUGUUCAGGCCUCUAGGAGCAAGACUCUUGGAGACGCCGUCACCGAAUACCAGAAGCGAUAUAACCAGCAUCCACCACCGGGCUUUGUCGAAUGGUAUCAGUAUGCUACCAGCCGAUCGUCAGCUAUCAUCGAUGAUUUCGACCAGAUAUAUCAAGAUCUACUUCCAUUCCGAGCCCUGGCUCCGGGGCACAUCCGUGCAAUGACCCACGAACUAGCCACAAAUCCUUUCAAUGAUCUUGGUGGGAUUAGAAUUCGCAACGGCACGGCCAUGGUGCAAGAAGGCAUCAAACCGACCCAUGCGUGGAUGGUGGCGGGUGCCGCAGACAUGAUGAAAAACUUCACCAAAUAUCUCCCAGAUAUGGACUUGGUCUUCAAUCUGAACGAUGAACCGCGUGUUGCAGUUCCCUGGGAGAAAAUAUCAUUGCUGAAACGGCAGACUGAGAUGCAAGAAAUGAUCUCGAAAGAACGCAUGGUGCGGACUUGGUCGAUCAACCGAGAGAAGGGCUGGGGCCCGAUUGAGCCUGCCGAUCAAAUCAACAUUACCGUAUUCACUGAUGAAGCAUGGAAAGGUGUUUUUGACCCUUAUGUGAGCGCUGUCUGCCCGCCCUCGUCGAAGGCGCGCUCCCAGAGAAUCUGGAAUCGUCGUGAAAUCUGCCUUUCGUGCGUGGCUCCUCAUUCUAGGGGCCAAUUCCCCCUGGAUUUCAACAUCGCUUCUGAAAUCUGCCACCAGCCCGAUCUUGCCUUCCUCCACGGUCUCCUUAUCUCCCCUGCCUCUUUCAAGGUGUCACAGGAACUCAUCCCAGUUUUCAGCCAGAGCGCUCUCACUGGAUUCAAUGACAUUCUCUUUCCAAGCCCGUGGAACUACAUCGACAAAGUAAAAUAUCAACCCACAGACGAACACCCAGAUCCAGAAUACAGCCAGAAAGAGAACUCCCUCUACUGGCUCGGCAGCACAUCAGAAGGCGUCAGCCGCUUCGGCGAGUGGACAGGCAUGCCACGCCAACGCUUCGCCCACCUAAUAAACAACAAUACUAACAAUCAGGUCUCCGUCCUGCUCCCAACCGAUUCAAAUGAAAAUUUCUUCCGCUACGAGGUGAUGGAUGGCAGCGCCCCGACCUCAGACCUACAUCUCCACACCGCCGUCCAUCUUGCCGACCCAAUCGUCCGCUGCGGCGACUGUGGCGAACAAGCUGCAGAAAUGGGCACCGCAGGCUGGGCAGACUUCCAAGCACACUGGUCGCGCCGCUUCCUGUUCGACCUCGACGGCGCAGGCUUUAGCGGCCGCUUCCUCCCUUUCCUGCACAGUCGCAGCCUGCCUCUCAAAACCGGUCUGUUCCGCCAGUGGUUUGACUCCCGCGUCACCUCGUGGUUGCACUUCGUCCCUGUCGAUAUCCGUCUCCAUGGACUGUGGAGUACGCUUGCGUACUUUGCGGGCGUACCUGCUGCUGCAUCUGAGAAGAGUGGUCCUAAUACCCAGAUGCGCAUGAAGGCGCAUGAUGAGCAGGGGAAGUGGAUUGCAGAGGAAGGGCGGAAGUGGGCGAACACAGCGUUGAGGAAGGAGGAUAUGGAAAUUUACUUCUUUCGGCUGCUUUUGGAAUGGGGUCGGCUUACGGAUGAUCAGCGUGAUGUUCUUGGGGUUGGGGCUUGA